UCUCUCUCUCUCUCUCUCUCUCUCUCUCUCUCUCUCUCUCUCUCUCUCUCUCUCUCUCUCUCUCUCUCACAAAUCUCCGUCGAAUCAUUCCUCCAAGAAUCAGAUUCAGUAAAAAAAAAUGGCUUUUUGCAAUAAGCUAAGCCGUCUCGUGAAGCAGAGUGAGAAGGCUUCCAUGAUUGGGUCUCUCAGGUCUUUCACUGCUGAAGCCACUCACCAUAGACACCACCAAGAGACCCACAAUUUUCUUGAGCCAGAAAGCUAUAUUGGUAGCUGGGAAGCUCCUAACAAUCCCAAAGAUGCAGAGAGGAAGCUUGCAAAGCUUAGGAGAGAGUAUGCAAAGAAAGUUACAGUGUAUCGUAAAGAGUACAUUCAUGAGAUUGAGAUGCUUCGUGUUGAGAAGCAGCGUAAAGAUGAGGCUAGAUUGUUGGCUGAACGAGCUGCUAAUGAGGAGAGACGACGGUUGAAAGCUGAGGCUGCUAAGGUUAGAGCUGAGGAGCGUAAGAUUGCUGAUGAAGAGUUUAGGCAAACCUUGAUGAAAGAAAGAGCAGAGAAGCUAGAGGUCUGGAAGAUGAUGAAUAAAAAAAGGGAAGAGAAGAUUAAAGAGAGAAAGAAGCUACUACAUGAGCAGAGUUCAUUGUGGAUCGAUCAAAAGGAACUGGAAAAGAAGAUUACAGUAGCAUUGGUUGACACCGCUGUUCUCUAAACUGAGCUUCUCCGUUUGAAUCUUUUGUUUUUUAAGGAAGAAUCACAUUUCGUCCCGUUUGUUGAAGACAACUCUCUCCCUCCUUUCAGAUAAACAAGAAAGCAAAACAAAAAGGCGUUUUAGGCCUUUUGCAUUAAGCACAUAAUGAGUAAUUGGGAUUUAGUUUCAAAAUCGGUCUUGUGACCAAUCUCUUGUUUGUGGUUUUUGAUUUCAUUAAUAAGAACAUUUCAUUUCUUUUAUGAAA